AUGCGGUUUUUUAAACCAAUAUGGGUAACCAGUCGAAAAGGAGUGAGUACCUGGUCGCCUUUAGCAACAGCUUUUAAUACUAGACCCACACAUAGGCCUAUAUUCGAUUCAUUAAGGGAAAGAACUGGCCUCUUCAAUAAACCAGAGUUGACAAGUUUUGAAGGUUUUUAUUCUCUUAAAGAACAAGCGAUAGCAGCUACUGACAGACUUAUAGAAGAAGCUGUAUCAAGCCCGUCUAGACCUAUGGUGGAAAUCUUUGAUGAACUUUCAGAUACUCUGUGCAAAGUUGCUGAUCUUGCUGAGUUUGUUAGGAUAGCACACCCUCAACCACAUUUUGCAAGUGCUGCAGAGGAUGCCUGCAUUAGUGUCAGUGGUGUUGUUGAGAAGUUAAACACACACAAAGGUUUAUACGAAGCUUUGCGUAACUCAGUACAAAAUGACACAUCUGGUGAUAAACACUUGGCCGAAUUAUUCUUAUUUGAUUUCGAGCAAAGUGGGAUACAGUUGGAAGAAAAUACCAGAAGGGAGGUUGUGGCUCUAAAUGACCUUAUCUUACAAACGGGUCAACAGUUUAUGGCUGGUGCCGCAAAACCUAGAAGAGUGCCAAGAUCUGUAGUGCCACAGAAUGUAAGACAAUUUUUUAGUACAGAGGGCGAUGACGUCAUCGUUAGCGGCGUAUACGCAGAGUGCGGAGAAGCGGCCGCGAGGGAAGCGGCGUACCGUCUCUACUUAGCUCCAGAUAUAAGACAGGAACAACUCCUGACAACCACAUUGCAGGCCAGGCAUAGACUAGCUCAGUUGUGCGGCUUUGACAGCUAUGCGGACAGAGCUAUUAAAGCGAGUACAAUGGAGACGUCAUCAAAUGUUCGAGAGUUCCUUGAUAUUUUGUCAGACAAUCUACACGACAGAGCAAACAUGGACUUCGAAGCUAUGGCGAAAAUGAAGCGACAGGAAUCUCCUUAUCAGAAUGAAUUGAUGUGUUGGGAUACACCAUACUUUACACACAAAGCAAAGACUCAGCUCCUUAAUGUGGCAAACACAGAUUUCAGUCCAUACUUCUCGUUGGGCGGCUGUAUGGAAGGCCUCAAUAUGCUUUGCCAAGAAUUGUAUGGAAUCAGCUUAAAAUCGGAAGAAAUGUUGCCAGGAGAGUCAUGGGCGCCAGACGUCUACAAACUGGCUGUUGUACACGAAAGUGAGGGUCUUUUGGGACAUAUCUACUGCGACUUGUACGAGCGGGCAGGGAAGCCCCACCAAGAUUGUCAUUUCACCAUACAGGGGGGUAAAUUGUUGCCAGAUGGAAGUUAUCAGAACCCAAUAGUGGUGAUAAUGUUAUCACUGAGUGGGGGACACCGGGGUGGACCGGCGCUAUUAAGCGCUGGAGCUGUAGACAACCUUUUUCACGAGACUGGUCACGCACUCCACUCCAUGUUGGGGAGAGCGAGGCAUCAGCAUGUGGCCGGUACACGCUGUGCCACAGACCUGGCAGAGCUACCGAGUGUUCUGAACGAGUACUUCGCUUCUAGCCCAGACGUGGUCCGACGAUUCGCUCGUCACUUCCAAACACGGGAACCGAUGCCUGAAGAUAUGUUGCAGAGAUUCUGCGCCUCCAAGUAUUUGUUCGGUGCUAGCGAGAUGCAAUUACAGGUUUUCUACUCAGUAUUGGAUCAACUGUAUCACGGAGCGGAUGUGUCGCAACAGCAAUCUACAACACAAGUAUUAAAGGGUGCUCAGCAACAGUGUUAUGGAUUACCAUAUGUGGAAAAUACGGCUUGGCAGCAUCGCUUCAGCCAUUUAAUAGGAUACGGUGCGAAAUACUAUUCAUAUUUAAUAUCUCGCGCGCUCGCGUGGAGCGUAUGGAGACAGAACUUCGAAGCGCGACCGCUCAGUCGCAGCGCUGGUGACAGACUGAGGCACGCGGUACUACGGCACGGAGGCGCUAUUGAACCGCAGAUAUUAUUACGAGACUACCUCGGUACAGAGAUGACGCCACGUGCGCUUGCGACGGCUUUGACAGACGAAUUGGAUUACCACAGAGACCAUAUAGACUCAGUAUUCAAGACAUUAGAUUAG